UGUUUAACAGUCAUUGGUCUGAGCGCUAUCCGCCGCUGGCCACGUCAACAGGAAGUAGCCCAUCUGUAAACUUCAUCAUGCGACGUGUUUGACUGAACUAGCGGAAGGUUGACAGUCAGAACCGUGUUUGGGUUUCAGAGCAGUAUUUCUGAGAUACCGGUCCAUUGAACAGUAUUUCCACCUGAAGUGUAAGCUUGCAGUCAUGCCCAGUACAAGAGGAGUUCGGACAGGGCACCGUGGAGUGGUGUUCUUUGCCCUGUUUGUGAUUUUGAUCAUGGAUGUCCACACACGACCCGCAAACAUAUCAGUCCACAGAAACAAACAUGCCACCGGUAAGGAAGACAACGAGAUCCUUCCUCCUGACCACCUAAAUGGUGUUAAAAUGGAAAUGGAUGGCCACCUGAACAAGGACUUCCAUCAAGAAGUGUUUUUGGGAAAGGAGAUGGAGGAGUUUGAUGAAGACUCCGAGCCCAAGAAGAACCGCAAGAAAUUAAUUGAAAUUUUUAGCAAAGUUGAUAUCAAUAAGGACAGAAGUGUCAGCGCUAAAGAGCUCCAGCGCUGGAUCAUGGAGAAAACCGAAGAGCACUUCCAAGAGGCGGUGAAAGAGAACAAACUUAAUUUCCGUGCUGUCGAUCCAGAUGGAGAUGGACAUGUGACGUGGGAUGAGUACCGGGUGAAGUUUUUGGCCAGCAAAGGCUUCAAUGAGAAGGAGGUGGCUGAGAAGAUAAAAAAUAACGAAGAGCUUAAAGUGGAUGAGGAAACCCAGGAGAUACUGGAAAGUCUGAAGGACCGUUGGUUCCAGGCCGAUAACCCUCCAGCAGACCAGUUGCUGAACGAGGAGGAGUUUCUCUCCUUCCUUCACCCAGAGCACAGCAGAGGCAUGCUCAAAUACAUGGUCAAGGAGAUCAUCAGAGACCUGGAUCAAGAUGGAGACAAAGAACUGACACUGUCCGAGUUCAUCUCUCUGCCCAUGGGCACGGUGGAGAACCAGCAGGGUCAGGACAUUGAUGACGACUGGGUUCGUGAGAGGAAGAAGGAGUUUGAGGAGGUCAUCGACGCCAACCACAACGGCAUUGUCACCAUGGAAGAGCUUGAGGAAUACAUGGACCCCAUGAACGAGUACAACGCUCUUAACGAGGCCAAGCAGAUGAUCGCUGUUGCCGACGAGAACCAGAACCACAACCUAGAACUGGAGGAGAUCCUUAAAUACAGCGAGUACUUUACCGGCAGCAAGUUCAUGGAUUACGCCCGCAACGUACAUGAGGAGUUUUAGGACGUUCUCCCCGAUUCUAUAAAGAGAAACCUUUAUUUUGCCCAACAAUUAAACAGUACACACACUCCUUACAGGAUCGCAUAUGGGUUCGCUUCCUAGGGAUCUGAUUGGCUCAUUGGAGAGUGAGUGUGUCCAUGUGUGUUUGUAUGGAUGCUUGAAGCAGCGUUUAGAAUGUUAAUGUCUCACUGUAAUGCAUUCAGAAUUUUCUGAUGUUCCUCUUUUAAUAUUUUCAUGCAUCACCAUCAGAAUCUGCCGUCUGUUCCAGCUGCUUUUACUGAAGUGUUGAUUAAUGAAGUUAUUAUUUUAUAUGAGGGGAAUAAAAUAAUUGCUUUGAGGCAUAACCAUGUCUUUUGGUGCCUCUUUGCGGAGAGGGGAGAGAGAGCGAGAGAGAGGGGGAGAAGAUUUGUAAAAAAAAAAAAUAGAUGAAGCCUUUUCAUGUGAAAUGUAAAUAAUAUUCUUGAAAAAUGCUAUGAUAUUUAAACGUUUGAUUUUCACAAGGACAUGCCCUUGACCCGUGGACACCUGCUGUUUCCAGAGUUCAAGGGCUAACACGAUAAAAGAACCGUAAUGCCAAAAAAUGUCAAACUGUAACACUGGUAUGUAUAUUUAAAAAAAAAAAAAAAGAAAACUUCUCAAAUUGUUGCACUCAAGAUGUCUAGUUAUUUAGUUUGAAUAUAUACAUAUGUGCAUUUUCUUAAUUGACAAGAAAAGACCCCCCACCCCCUGUAUGGCCGGUGUUUCUAUUUGCACACUGUAUAAAUGAGCAGUUAUUAACAAGAUUAUUGUAGGGUAAUUAUACAGUUAUAGCAUACCCACCCACUCGCCUCCUUCAUAUUCCUCUGAGAAGGAGGGAUUAUGGAUUCUCCAGAUGUUUUGACUCUGAGAGAACAGGGACAGACCCAGAACAAGCUGGUCUAAAUAAAAUUAGCAGCUCAAUGACUCUGGUAACUUCACUGGUACUGUGAGACUAUAAUACCUCCCAUGGAUCUUGUGUGCAUUAACUUUCACGUAAAUCCCUGAAUCAAAUGCAAAGCAAAAGAUUUCUUUUUGCUUCUUCCCAAGACUAAAAUUUUUUACUUAAAAUGAAGUCUGUUGCCAUUUAUUGUGAAAUUUGGGUGCAUUGAUGGAUUAUUUCAAACACAUUAUUAUUAGUAUUAUUAUUAUUAUUAUAUAAAUAGUAUUUUCUUACAUUUUUACAAGUAUCGUUUAAGUAAUAAUUAAUAGGUUCCCCCAUACUUCUCUGAGAGUUUUGCUUUGCAUUUGAUUCCAUUCUUAUAAAGUAUGCUCUCUCUCGACUAAUUUAUUACCAUCUUGUGCAUGAUAUGAGUUGAUGAAGCCAUGUUUGUACAAUAUGAUGCCUUUGUCCUGUGUAAAUGUUUGAUUUACAGCUGUUUCUUGCAGCUGUGUGCCCACAUUUUCUCUCAGCUGCUGAAUGUCUUGGGUUUUAUGCGUUUAAACAAUGCUGUAUAAAAUGAUUUAAGACUUUUGCCUCUAUUCUGUUCAUGGUAAAAAAUUAAAUAAAAUAAAUAAAAUUUAA